GGCAGCGCGGCCUGCGCGGAGCGGCCGCGGCCAUCCCCGGCUGAGGGCAGGUGAAGCUUUUUCUUCCAGGAUGGCAUCAAGGCUCGUUCCAAAAGUGAAUUCCAAGCAGGGAGGAUCUCCCUGCAAGGAGAGCCACGUGGUUCUGCUCAGCCCCGUGGGAAGGAUCGAGAUUUCGGGCUGUGAAAUGGGUGUACAUGAAAUCAAACUUCCCAAAGUGAGCCUGCUGCCAGCUGGCAGGGCAGAGAGCUGCGAGGUGAGCCAGGGGCACGAGGAGAUGCCAGAGCCACUGCAGCAGUGCACAGCCUGGCUGAGAGCCUACUUCUGUGAGCCAGGGGGCACAGAGAGGCUGCCUGUGCCAGCCCUGCACCACCCCCUGCUGCAGAGAGAUUCCUUCACCAGGCAGGUGCUGUGGACGCUGCUGAACGAUGUGAAGUUUGGGGAGGCUGUUUCCUACCAGCAGCUGGCACAUCUGGCUGGCAACAGGCGUGCAGCCAGAGCCGUGGGGGGAGCCAUGAGGAGCAACCCGAUCCCCAUCAUCAUCCCGUGCCACAGGGUGAUCCGUAGCAGUGGGGACAGUGGCAACUACGGGGGGGGACAGCUGCUGAAGGAGUGGCUGCUGUCCCACGAGAAGCUGCAGAAGGAGAAGCUGCAGAAGGAGAAGCUGCAGGAGCAGCUGCAGGAGGAGCUGGCACAUCCCUAACCAGCCACACAGCCACGGCCCCUUGGCUCGUAGCAAAGCCUCUCAGAGCACCCAGCAGAAUUCAGGAAGAAAAUGGUAAAUAUUUGAGUGACACAGAAAUAUAAUGCAGCAUCCAAAGUGAAAUGUGUGGUGGCACCACUAUAUUAAAGAAGCAGGAUGUGUCCUGGGGGAGGCAGCUCGGCUGCCCUUUCUUGUUUUUACAUUUUACAGCAGAAUGACUACAGCGAUCCAGGCCUGUUGUGCAUGGAUUUUGUUCCCAUCUCCAGCCCUGUUUUGUUCUAUUUUUAAUGUCCAUUAAAGCAGGGAUAAGGGAGUGGGAGGGACGUGGCAAAUGGGAGGUGGAAGCUUCCCCCUGAGGAGGUGUCUGGCCCAGCCUGGCACAGCAGGCUCUGCCCAGCUCCCCCUCCCCUCUCUGGGGCACAAAAUGGUGUUUUACCUGAAAGGAGUGAAGGGAGCACAGGGACAUCUGUGCAAAAAACUCCUGCCUUUUCUCUUUAGAUGGGAAGAUAUAAUUUUUUUUUUUUUUUUUUUUUUUUUUUUUUUUUUUUUUUUUUUGGUAGAGCAGGGGAAGAGAUGUUGCUGACAAAUUGUAUAUUUUGGAUAAGGAGUUUGAUUAGACAAAUUAGGCAAAAUACUGAAAAGCUCAUCAUAGUUGCUUCUUUAUCAGCUGCACAUUCAUUUAUCAUUUGAGUUUUCCUUCAGAUUUCUGCAUUGCUCUGUUAUCCAAAGCUUUAUUUCCUGUAGCCUCUCUGUUGGAAGGAUUCAAGAGACAUUAAAACUAAAUUUUGAGGUGGUUUUAGCAGAGUUCUCUGCAAGUACCAGCCACCAGAAGCUGAAAUUUCCAGUAUGGGAAUCGUAAAUUGUAACAUGGAAAUACUGAUUUUUUUAUGUGUUUUAUCAUAUUUUCAUGGAUGUCUCUUUAGAAAGGCCAUUGCUACCCCCCAAAAAUUAUUGUGUGGCAGUGCGUUAGUUAAUCCAGGAUUAUUGAUACCUCGGAAUUACUUCAAUAAAAAAACUGCUUUGCAUGUGCAA